GGGCCUAGUCGCCUCCCUCUCGCCUUGGCUUUCUUUUCCCCCUCAGAGGCGCUUCCUACGCGGGGCAGGGCUGGGCCCAGGCACUUCAGGAGGAAGCUGCUGCUGCUGGAGUUAAAGCUCCAAGUUUCACUUUCAUGUUAGUUGACAAAAAUGUAACUGAUUAAUUCAACAGAUGGCUGCAUUACCAGUUAAAACAUGAUUUUUUGAGGUUCCCUUGCUGACUUGCAAAUGGUGGUCUCCAUUCAUGAAGAAUCUUUGAAGAAUUUUCCUGGAAUUACUUGCUGUGAAGAAAUUUGUACAUAAACCAGCGUGACCUGACCAUGCCUAACAUGACUUAAGCCCACUUUUCAAGAUGACCCAAGUGUGCUGCUUCUCAAUAGCAAUUUUAUCCUUAAAAUGAUUAGGGUUGCCUAUGUGCUUUGAUCCAUUUCUGAUGAAUGUUUUAGCCAUGAGUUUACAUCGGCAAAUGGGAUCUGAUAGAGACCUGCAAUCUUCUGCCUCUUCUGUAAGCUUGCCUUCAAUUAAAAAGGCACCGAAAAAAAGAAGAAUCUCCCUAGGGUCUCUGUUUCGAAGAAAAAGGGAUACAAAACGCAAAUCAAGAGAUAUAAAUGGCGGUGUUGAUGGGAUUGCAAGUAUUGAAACUAUACACUCAGAAAUGUGUACAGACAAGAACACAUUUUUUUCUGCCUAUAUAUCUUCUGAGAAUGGAGCAAACAUCUGCAGCAAACAGAGUGGAGACUUCAUGGAGUGUCCCUUGUGCCUUUUGCGGCACUCUAGGGAGAGAUUUCCAGAAAUAAUGACUUGUCACCAUAGAUCUUGUGUAGAUUGCUUACGUCAGUAUCUGCGGAUAGAGAUCUCUGAGAGCAGAGUUAAUAUUAGCUGUCCAGAGUGUUCUGAGCGAUUCAAUCCCCAUGAUAUUCGAUUGAUACUAAAUGAUGACAUCUUGAUGGAAAAAUAUGAAGAAUUUAUGCUCAGACGAUGGCUUGUUGCAGACUCUGAUUGUAGAUGGUGCCCUGCUCCAGAUUGUGGGUAUGCUGUGAUUGCUUUUGGCUGUGCAAGCUGCCCUAAGCUUACAUGUGGGCGUGAAGGCUGUGGAACUGAGUUCUGCUACCACUGUAAGCAAAUUUGGCAUCCGAACCAAACCUGUGAUGCUGCUCGCCAAGAGAGAGCCCAGAGUCUGCGCUUACGAACAAUUCGUUCUUCCUCCAUUAGCUACAGCCAGGAGUCUGGAGCUGCAGCUGAUGACAUAAAGCCAUGCCCACGCUGUGCUGCUUAUAUAAUAAAGAUGAACGAUGGAAGCUGCAAUCACAUGACAUGUGCUGUCUGUGGUUGUGAAUUCUGUUGGCUAUGUAUGAAGGAGAUCUCAGACUUGCAUUAUUUAAGUCCCUCAGGUUGUACCUUCUGGGGGAAAAAACCAUGGAGUCGGAAGAAGAAAAUAUUGUGGCAGCUGGGAACGCUUGUUGGUGCACCUGUUGGAAUUGCCUUAAUAGCAGGCAUUGCUAUUCCAGCUAUGAUUAUUGGAAUCCCUGUAUAUGUAGGGCGAAAGAUUCACAAUCGCUAUGAGGGCAAAGACAUUUCAAAACAUAAGAGGAAUUUAGCUAUUGCAGGUGGUGUAACCUUGUCUGUAAUUGUUUCACCCGUUGUAGCUGCAGUCACUGUAGGUAUAGGUGUCCCAAUUAUGUUGGCGUAUGUGUAUGGAGUAGUUCCCAUUUCCCUUUGUCGAAGUGGAGGUUGUGGUGUAUCUGCUGGGAAUGGAAAAGGUGUCAGAAUAGAAUUUGAUGAUGAAAAUGAUAUAACUGUUGGUGGAACCAAUGCAGCAGUAGAUACCACAUCAGUAGCAGAGGCACGUCAUAACCCUAGCAUUGGCGAAGAGAGUGUUGGAGGAUUAACUGGAAGCCUGAGUGCAAGUGGGAGCCAUAUGGACAGAAUUGGAGCCAUUCGAGAUAACCUGAGUGAAACAGCUAGCACCAUGGCUCUGGCAGGAGCUAGCAUAACAGGAAGUUUGUCAGGAAGUGCAAUGGUCAAUUGCUUUAACAGGUUGGAAGUCCAAGCAGAUGUGCAGAAGGAAAGAUGCAGUUUGAGUGGAGAAUCAGGCACCGUUAGCUUAGGAACAGUUAGUGACAAUGCCAGCACCAAAGCAAUGGCUGGAUCCAUUACAAAUUCCUACAUCCCAUUGGACAGGGAUGGCAGCAGCAUGGAAGUGCAAGUAGACAUUGAAUCGAAGCCCACAAAAUUCAGACACAAUAGUGGAAGCAGUAGUGUUGAUGAUGGUUGUGCCGCAGGACGUAGUAACGCUGGUUGUUCCUCAACCUGCUUGUCGGAAAACAAAGCUAGUGCCACCAAGUGGUCCAAAGAUGCAUCAGCAGGGAAAAAAUGCAAAGGUAAACUAAGAAAAAAGAGUAGCAUGAAGAUUAAUGAGACCAGAGAGGACAUGGAUGCUCAGUUGUUGGAGCAGCAAAGUACAAACUCCAGUGAAUUUGACUCUCCCUCUCUCAGUGACAGUAUCCCAUCUGUAGCUGAUUCUCACUCAAGUCAUUUUUCUGAGUUUAGUUGCUCUGAUAUGGAGAGUAUGAAAACCUCAUGUAGCCAUGGUUCCAGUGAUUAUCAUACCCGCUUUACUACGGUUAGUAUUCUCCCAGAAGUAGAAAAUGACCAUUUAGAAAACUCUCCACACCAAAGUGGCAAUCCAUUGCUUGUUCCAGCUGCUCCAAACUCAGAGGUUCCACAGCUGAGUUAUAUUGCUGAAGAAUAUGUUUAUAAUGGGACUUCAAGUGGUGCAGAUGUGAGUACUAUGGAAACACUGAAAGAAACAAACAACAAUCAUUCACAACAUGCUGUCGAGUUAAACACUACAAUCCAGACUGAAAUUUAAACUUUCUUUUUGUGCUGCAGAAAUGUGUUUACCACUAAGCGCCCCAGUCAGGUAACUUGAAGUGGCCAGGGGAAGGAAAGCUUCAAUGCAAUUUACUUUUUAUAUAUGUCUCCAUUAAGGCUUGUGUGGAACUCUGUUGCAGAACUAUGUGAAGUAACAUGAAGAUUUUAACAAGUGCAUUACAAUGAAACAGUAUGUUGAUGUUUUGUAUUCUUGCCAUAACUUUGCUGAAGGUCUGUAUUUGGUGUACUUGAAUGGGGGGAAAAGCUGGCUCACAAUAAAUGCUGGAAUGAUCGCUUGUUGAAAGUUUCAUGUAGAACUCUCUUAAGUGAAUUUCUAGGAACACAGAGGUAACUUAACAUCAUGCUGGUGUAAAACAGAAUCUAUGAAAACUGAAUUGCUGUAAACAUACCAAAUAUAUUUCAGUGUGAUAAUUUUGUCUGGAGCAGAAUGUAGUCUCUUUUAAGUAAUACAGAGACACACAUUCUUUGAGCAAGGUUAUGGCAUUUAGCUUAACUUUAAAUACAAAAAAGGUACUUGAAAUACAAUAGUUAGCAAAAUGACGUCUCCUUGUCAAGAGAAUGGAGGUAAUUUAAUUAAACUUUCAACUGACAGCAGGAGAUAAAGCUUAUGAUAGCUAUAUAUUGUAAAAUUUAAAAUCAUUUUAAGUUGUAAUCAUUGUAUAGAAUCUGAUUGUCGCCUUUCACGAGGGGACUUUGUUAUGCUGUUUAAUUCUUUGUGCCUUUGGAGAAGACUGGGGUUCUAAGUGCCUGGUCUUAUGAUUUCACUGUUUAAAGUUUUCCAGAAUGUUCUCUUUUGCCACCUUUUUGGAAUCUAAAGGAAAACUAUAGCAGAUCAGUGGACUGUGGUAGAUUAACAAGUAUCAUAAUACUGAAGUAUUAGCCGACCAAAGACUCACUCAGGCUUUUAGCGGUCAAUUUUUCUGACAUGCAGAAUCACAUGCAGAGGAAAAAAGCACAGUGCAGAGCUUGUAUAUAUACAGAAGCAGAGCUCCAAGUAUGGAUGGCUUUCCGGGGUCCCGCUUGCCUGCUUAUGGAUGCUGUUCAGCUGAACACAAGCUGAAGCUAGCUCAGGCAUCUGCACUGCUAGAUGUUUGCUACACAAUUCAUACUGAUGUACCUCUGCCCCUCACCUGAGAGAGAGACGUGAAUCUUGGCAGAACACUCUCCAAUACUUUUGUUUUGUGGAUUUUUAUUUUUGGUAAGUUCCCAUUAAUGGUGCUACUGAAAGUUUAGUAUAUGAGAAGAAAGUUGCCAUGGACUGCAGUCCUCUUCCAUGGCUUCCCCUUACCAUUUUCUUUAAUCAGCUAACACUAGUAGUGCCAGAUACGUUACUUGGUAACACUUGUUAUGAUAUUUGUAUAUUUGCUAUUUUCAUUUGCUCAAGAUGUGUGUAAACUGCAUUUUACCAGAAAUAAAUGUCUGAGUACUAUUUCA